AUGUCUAGCCAUUUCAUGAUCUGGAAUGCCCAGGGGAUAGCGAACGCUACUACCCAAGGCAGUUUCAAGAAUAUGAUCGAUAUGUAUAGUGUGUUGUUUGCCGCAGUGCUUGAGCCUCAGACAGAACCCCAGCCUUCUUUCUUUAGUAGGCGCUUUGGGUUGCAAUUUAGGUGCUCGAACACAAACGGCAAGAUUUGGAUCUUCUCUCACAGGGAUUGGCAGGUCGAUGUGAUCGACGAUUCCGAGCAAGUUCUUCAUGUCCGAGUUACUGCUGCUAUAUUCCCUACUCCAAUCUUUCUCUCCGUAGUGUACGCUAAGUGCUCGAGGGAGGGGAGAUACGAUUUGUGGAAUAAGCUCAGGGACAUCUCCUUAGCGACUGACGGGGCACCCUGGCUUGUUGGAGGCGACUUCAACAUCUUCUUGUUGGAGGAAGAGAGACGGGGCAGUACGACAGAUAGGCAUGGAGAGAUGAUGGACUUUGCUGACGCCGUUGCAGACUGCCAGCUCCUGGACCCAGGCUUUGAUGGCCCACCUUUUACUUGGACGAGGAGUGGGCUCUGGGAGAGGUUGGACAGAGUCCUUCUAGGGGAGCAUUGGACGACAGUCUUUGCAGCUACUAGGGUGACUCACUUGCCUAGGAUCUCUUCAGAUCAUGCCCCUUUGCUCGUGCGAUGCCAGCUCACUACCCAGAUUCCGAGGCCAUCCUUUAGGUUUCAGAACAUGUGGGUACGGCAUCAUACUUUCAGGGAUGAGAUCACCAGAGUGUGGGCGGCGGAGACGGGCUUCUUCGGCAUGCUCAAUCUUCAGUUCAAACUCAGCAGAGUGAAGAAUUUUCUCAAAGGAUGGAACAGAGAGGUCUUUGGGAACAUCUUCGAGAGGCUGAGGGAGGCAGAGGAGGCAGUUACCGUUGCGCAGGCGGCUUACGACGGGGAUCCCACGGGAGCCCAUAGGAGUGAGCUCAGCCGAUGCACCGCUCUCUAUGUACUCUGCACUAGGAUGGAGGAGGAUUUCUGGAAGCAGAAGGCUGCCAUUCGGUGGGCGGCAGGAGGACAGACUCUCACGUCAGAGGACGAUAUCAGACAGUCGGCGGUAGGUUUCUUUCAGCAGCUGCUCACGACAGACGUUGAGCAGUUGGAGCAGCCGGACCUUGAUCUCUUGAGCAGCCUUCCAGACUCAGUGGACCGCGAGGGCCUCUGUGCAGUCCCGGACUCAGAUGAGGUGAGAGCGGCGGUCUUUGGCAUCAGUGGAGACAGCGCCUCUGGACCGGAUGAUUAUCUGUCGAGGAGCUUGGACAGGCUUGUGGCUACACAUCCUGAUAUGGAGUAUAGAUGUGCUCGACGCGCGCCGGCCAUAUCCCAUCUGUCUUAUGCCGACGACAUUGUCAUUUUUGUCAGGGCGCACAGACAGUCCGUGGAGAGGCUGGUACAUUGUCUUGACCACUAUUCUGCCGUGUCGGGCCAGAUGGUGAACAAGGGAAAGAGUCACUUCUAUCUCUUUCAGAAGUUCGACUCUUGGGCGGCCGAGGUGGCAGAGGUUCUGAAGCCGUUUGAGUACUGGAUGAGGGACUUGGAGCAGAUCUUGGCCAGGUUUGGGUCGAGAUGGACGCAGCAGCAGUGGUCGCAGUGUUCACUUCGGGACGCAUGGGAGCGGCGGACGUGA